GUGAACUGCAUCGGAACAGGGGGAAAAUCGGCGAUGGGCAAGUUGCUCAGAGAGGUGUCGAAGUCGAGAUGGAGUCCGAAGGAGGAGGCUCUAGGUGAGGCUAGAUCCAAGGGGCAGACGACCUCAGCCAUGGUCGCCAUUAUGGAGGCUACGCCAAGCGAGGCACUAUUGGUCCCGUCGCUGGGCGUGCCGAUGGGUGAAAUGCUUGGCGAGGCGUCAUCUUGCUGGAGGAGAAUAAGGAGCGAGCAUGGAUUGGGCGAGCAACCUGGGGCACAUGAUAGCCUAGGCGUGCUACCUGGGUGCGGUCAAAAGGCAGUGGGGUGGGCAAAUCACGUGGCAGGCGAGCAGGAAAGGGUGUUGGGCACUUUUUUGGGUGGUGGUUUUUGCAGCUUGGGCUAG